AUGGAAAUUUGUCAACUUAGGCACUAUGUUUUCUUCUGCGUCUUGGUCAAUCAAGCCAAUGCAGCUCAGGUUUGCAGAGAAGACCAACAUGCAGUAGAACUACCAGAUGGUAAUAUCGCUUGUACAGAUUGCAUCAAAUGCCCCCCAGGAUCUGAGGUUACAAUCCCUUGCGGAACUAGGAGGACCAUCGGCACCCAAGUUGAGUGUGAGGAGUGUGCCUCGGACUACUACUCUGAUUCCUACUCGUCUGAGAGUUGUAAACCCUGUUCAACCUGUAGUCCAGAUGAAGUAACUAUAAAGCGAUGCACUAAAAUCUCAAACACUCAAUGUAGUUGCAAGCCAUGCCCAGAUGGGUAUUACCAGAACCAAACUUUGUCCAAAUGUCUCCCUUGCUCAGGAUGUUGUUUGGGUGAUUUGGACGUAGUUGUCCCACAAUGUCUCAUGCAAGGGAUGCCUCGAACACAAUCGUGCAGCUACCACAAGAGAAAACCCUGUUUAGCAAAGUGUUGGUAUGAUGAGAUCACAAUUGUAAAGCAUGAUGGCAAACAGAUCUGUUUACCCUGUCCUGUUUGUUCAGACGAAUUUGGCCUCACCAAACCAUGUGGAAGUGUUGUAACUGAUGGUGCGAUACCUAAGUGUGAACUUCCGAUCUUAGGAGAAACCUUCGUCGAUCAGCAGGGUGUUCUACAGUCUUGCAAAAUUUGUUCGAUUGGUCAGAAGGUUUUAGCCAACUGUUCCACCAAAUCAAAUACCAUUUGUGGUGAGUGCAUGCCAGGGUUUUAUCUGAACGACCACUCAAAAGCUUGUGAACAGUGCUUCUGGUGUUGUGGUUUUAGCGACAGUCAAAGUAUCGUGAACUGUAUAAAGGAAGGAAUGGCGUCUUCAGAGAACUCUCAGGGGCUCGCUAUUAAGCCUCGUAUUCCAUCUUUGGGCUUAAAUGAACAGUUUGGGCAGCUGCAAACUGUAGAACAAGAAAACUAUAAAGUGAACUCAAUCGAACUUGACAAGGUGACAACAUUGAUUGUAUUGAGCAUAUGUUUCUUUCUGAUUUGGGUUGCCAUUUCAGUACCAUUAUCGGAGGGCAACUAUCAGUAUCCAUUUCCAAAUGAAGAAAACAAUUGUGAGCUAAUGGAAAAGAAGGACUGUGCUGAAAUUAGAAAAACUUCUUCACUUGCAGGUAAGUUAAGCAUUCAUUUAUUAUCUCUAAUUGGUAUUCAUUGCUUUAUGUUUUCAGUGCCUAUAGGCUUAAAACUCUUGUGUAUAGAGUACUACACCUAGCGUUUUAAACAAAAACAGAGUACCUCACUUCUUUUCACUUUUUGUUUGUUUAUUUGUUUUUGUUUUCUAUUUUUUAUUUGUUUUGUAGAAAGGACUAGAAAAUGGAGUCUUCCCAUACUGUUUUUCUGAAAAAGCUACCUUGUGUUUACGAUAUACAAAUUUUAUGCGUAUUUUUGCAUAUGCAUAUUUU